ACGGGAACCGCCCUCAGCCGGGACCCGCCAUUUUCUGCCGGGAAAGGCGGGAAGGGGGAGAUCGAAGCCGCCGCAGCUGCACCGCGGGACCCGCACGGCUCCAGUGCCGCCGCCAGAGCCGCUCGCAGGCUGUGACGGCCCGGGAUGGCCCGCACCAAGCAGACGGCUCGGAAAUCCACGGGCGGCAAGGCGCCGCGCAAGCAGCUGGCCACCAAGGCCGCAAGGAAGAGCGCGCCGUCCACGGGCGGCGUCAAGAAACCGCACCGCUACCGCCCCGGCACGGUGGCGCUGCGCGAGAUCCGGCGCUACCAGAAAUCCACGGAGCUGCUGAUCCGGAAGCUUCCGUUCCAGCGGCUGGUGCGGGAGAUCGCGCAGGACUUCAAAACCGACCUGCGCUUCCAGAGCGCCGCCAUCGGCGCCCUGCAGGAGGCCAGCGAGGCGUACCUGGUGGGGCUCUUUGAGGACACCAACCUGUGCGCCAUCCACGCCAAGCGCGUCACCAUCAUGCCCAAGGACAUCCAGCUGGCGCGGCGGAUCCGCGGCGAGCGCGCCUGAGCUCCGCCAGCUCCGGCCAAAUUUGGGGGGAAUCCGGCAAAAUCCGGCAAUCCCGGGCAAAUCCCGGGCAA